GUGAUCAGCCCGCACCAAGGGGGCACAAAUAGGUCCCGUCAAGAGGUCCCGUCAGGGAAGGGGGAAGGGUUGAUUUAACAAUCUCCACCAGAGUCCAGACCACCACCAAGACCAGGACCAAGGCACGAGCCCGGGCCCCGCGAUCUCCGUUGCAUCCGAAGUCAGCAGCAAUAAGAAGUGGUGCAGUCAACCAUGGCAAUGAUGGAGGAGCAGCAAGGAGCAGGGCAGGAGCUGGAGGCUGAUAUGGGAGCUGGUGGACCAAUGCUUAUACAGACACUGGAGCAAAAUGGAAUCUUGGCUGCUGAUGUAAAAAAACUGGAAGAAGCUGGAUUUUAUACUGUAGAGGCUGUAGCAUUUGCUCCAAAGAAAGCCCUCCUUAGUAUCAAAGGCAUUAGUGAAGCAAAAGCUGACAAAAUUCUCAAUGAAGCCACAAAAUUAGUUCCAAUGGGUUUCACGACUGCAACAGAGUUUCAUCAAAAGCGUGCAGAUCUGGUACAACUAACAACUGGCUCCAAAGAACUUGAUAAGCUACUUGGGGGUGGAAUAGAGACUGGCUCCAUCACAGAAAUAUUUGGUGAAUUCCGCACUGGCAAAACACAACUUUGCCACACAUUAGCAGUCACCUGUCAGCUUCCACUUGAAAUGGGUGGUGGAGAAGGAAAGUGUCUUUACAUAGACACUGAAGGAACAUUCAGACCUGAACGACUGGUCGCAACAGCUCAAAGGUACCAGCUACAGGAAGCAGAUGUUCUUGACAAUGUAGCUUAUGCCCGAGCAUACAACUCCGACCACCAGUCAACGCUAUUGAUUCAAGCAGCUGCUAUGAUGGCAGAGUCAAGGUAUGCUCUAUGCAUAGUAGACAGUGCUAUGGCUCUCUACAGAACAGACUAUGCAGGCAGAGGAGAACUAUCUGCCAGACAAAUGCAUCUAGCAAGAUUUCUGCGAAUGCUUCUGAGACUAGCAGAUGAGUUUGGAGUGGCUGUGGUGAUAACCAACCAGGUGGUGGCACAGGUGGAUGGAGCAUCCAUGUUUGCAGCUGACCCUAAGAAACCCAUUGGAGGCAACAUCAUGGCUCACGCCUCAACAACCAGAUUGUACCUGAGGAAGGGCAGGGGAGAAACGAGAAUUUGUAAAAUCUAUGAUUCUCCUUGUCUACCAGAAGCUGAAGCGAUGUUUGGAAUCUUUAAUAAUGGAAUUGGUGAUGUACAGGACUGAGUUGCUCUUGAUGAAUUUGUCACUGGCUUUCUACAAUAUUAUAUGCUAUUUUGCAAUGAUUUUUCUACUUCAUUUUAAGGCUAAUAUAAAUUCUGAACUAAAGUAGUAAGCUUUCAUAUACAUGUAUAUGCUUUAAUAACUUCUGUUGCCUAUUUUGCUAAAACCUAAGUAAAUUUAAGUUUUCACAGUUCCCUUAGUAAAUGAAAGUUUUCAUAUUUCCCUUAGUAAAUGAAAGUUUUCAUAUUUCCCAUAGUAAAUGAAAGUUUUCAUAUUUCCCAUAGUAAAUGUAAGUUUUCAUAUUUCCCAUAGUAAAUGUAAGUUUUCAUAUUUCCCAUAGUAAAUGUAAGUUUUCAUAUUUCCCAUAGUAAAUGAAAGUUUUCAUAUUUCCCAUAGUAAAUGAAAGUUUUCAUAUUUCCCAUAGUAAAUGAAAGUUUUCAUAUUUCCCAUAGUAAAUGUAAGUUUUCAUAUUUCCCUUAGUAAAUGUAAGUUUUCAUAUUUCCCAUAGUAAAUGUAAGUUUUCAUAUUUCCCUUAGUAAAUGAAAGUUUUCAUAUUUCCCAUAGUAAAUGUAAGUUUUCAUAUUUCCCAUAGUAAAUGUAAGUUUUCAUAUUUCCCUUAGUAAAUGAAAGUUUUCAUAUUUCCCAUAGUAAAUGUAAGUUUUCAUAUUUCCCUUAGUAAAUGAAAGUUUUCAUAUUUCCCUUAGUAAAUGUAAGUUUUCAUAUUUCCCAUAGUAAAUGUAAGUUUUCAUAUUUCCCUUAGUAAAUGAAAGUUUUCAUAUUUCCCAUAGUAAAUGUAAGUUUUCACAGUUCCCUUAGUAAAUGAAAGUUUUCAUAUUUCCCAUAGUAAAUGUAAGUUUUCAUAUUUCCCAUAGUAAAUGUAAGUUUUCAUAUUUCCCAUAGUAAAUGUAAGUUUUCAUAUUUCCCAUAGUAAAUGUAAGUUUUCAUAUUUCCCAUAGUAAAUGAAAGUUUUCAUAUUUCCCAUAGUAAAUGUAAGUUUUCAUAUUUCCCAUAGUAAAUGAAAGUUUUCAUAUUUCCCAUAGUAAAUGUAAGUUUUCAUAUUUCCCUUAGUAAAUGUAAGUUUUCAUAUUUCCCUUAGUAAAUGUAAGUUUUCAUAUUUCCCAUAGUAAAUGAAAGUUUUCAUAUUUCCCAUAGUAAAUGUAAGUUUUCAUAUUUCCCAUAGUAAAUGUAAGUUUUCACAUUUCCCUUAGUAAAUGUAAGUUUUCAUAUUUCCCAUAGUAAAUGUAAGUUUUCAUAUUUCCCAUAGUAAAUGUAAGUUUUCAUAUUUCCCAUAGUAAAUGUAAGUUUUCACAUUUCCCAUAGUAAAUGUAAGUUUUCAUAUUUCCCGUAGUAAAUGUAAGUUUUCAUAUUUCCCAUAGUAAAUGUAAGUUUUCAUAUUUCCCAUAGUAAAUGUAAGUUUUCAAAUUUCUUUAGUUUUCCAUUUAUGCACCUAUGUAGUGUAGUGAUGAACACAUUUAGCUACGAAUUCCUGGGCCCAGGUAUGAAUCCCAGCCCAGGCAGUCAGCGUACAGCCCACCCAGCUGUUCAUCCUCCCUUUCAGGUUGGUCAGUAAAUGGGUACCUGGAGAAGGUAAACUCUGGAAACCUGGAUGCACAGUUGGCCUAUUUGCAGUGGGGUGUUGUAGAUCCCUAUUAACAUCAAUUUUUAUUUUCUUACCUUAAUUGGGCAGAAGGG